AUGCCUGGCUGCCUGCCCACUCUCUCAGUGAAGCAGGCGAACACGCUGCGAGACCCCUCUCGGGUCCCUCGCCACCCUCGGUUCUACAGGGCGAACUACAAGCCCCAUGAUGCCGCGGGGCGAAGGAACCUGGCUGUUUCCUUCAGGGGACAGGCCCUGGAGCUGCCUGCUGAGAGGCUGGUUUGCUUAGGUCAGUUGCCUCUGAGGAGACUAGUGCUACCUCUUCAACUCCUCCUGCAGGUGGACAUCGAGCAGCUGGAUCCCCGUGGCCGGACUCCCUUGCACCUGGCUACCACACUGGGGCACCUGGAGUGUGCCCGUGUGCUCCUGGCACAUGGUGCUGAUGUGGGCAGGGAGAAUCGCAGUGGCUGGACAGUGCUUCAGGAGGCUGUGAGUACCCGGGACCUGGAGCUGGUGCAGUUGGUGCUGAGGUACCGGGACUACCAGCGGGUGGUGAAGCGGCUGGCAGGCAUCCCUGUGCUCCUGGAGAAGCUGCGCAAGGCCCAGGACUUCUAUGUGGAGAUGAAAUGGGAAUUCACUAGCUGGGUGCCCCUGGUGUCCAAGAUCUGCCCUAGUGACACCUACAAAGUGUGGAAGAGCGGGCAGAACUUGAGGGUAGACACUACGCUCCUGGGCUUUGACCACAUGACAUGGCAGCGAGGGAACCGCAGCUUCAUCUUCAGGGGCCAAGACACGAGCGCUGUGGUCAUGGAGAUUGACCACGAUCGCCGGGUGGUGUAUACAGAGACUCUGGCACUGGCUGGGCAGGACCGGGAGCUGCUGUUGGCUGCUGCCCAGCCUACGGAGGAGCAGGUGCUGAGCCGGCUCACUGCACCUGUUGUCACCACACAGCUUGACACCAAGAACAUCUCCUUUGAGAGGAAUAAGACUGGCAUUCUGGGCUGGCGCAGUGAGAAGACAGAGAUGGUGAACGGGUAUGAAGCAAAGGUAUAUGGGGCGUCCAAUGUGGAGCUCAUCACCCGGACCAGGACAGAGCAUCUUUCAGAACAGCACAAGGGCAAGGUCAAAGGCUGUAAGACACCUCUUCAGUCCUUCCUGGGAAUUGCUGAGCAGCAUGGGGGCCCCCACAAUGGGACCCUGAUCACUCAGACCCUGAGCCAAGCCAACCCCACUGCCAUCACCGCAGAAGAAUACUUCAACCCCAACUUUGAACUUGGCAACCGAGACAUGGGCCGCCCCAUGGAACUGACCACCAAGACACAGAAGUUCAAGGCCAAGCUGUGGCUGUGUGAGGAGCAUCCCCUGUCCCUGUGUGAGCAGGUGGCCCCCAUCAUCGACCUCAUGGCGGUCAGCAAUGCGCUCUUUGCCAAGCUCCGGGACUUCAUCACCCUGCGUUUGCCUCCAGGCUUCCCAGUCAAGAUUGAAAUCCCGAUCUUCCACAUCCUCAAUGCGCGCAUCACCUUUGGGAACCUCAAUGGCUGUGACGAGCCGGUGCCAUCGGUGCGAGGUAGCCCCAGCAGUGAGACUCCUUCCCCGGGCAGCGACUCCUCCAGCGUCAGCAGCUCCAGUUCUACGACCUCGUGCCGCGGCUGCGAGAUCUCCCCGGCCUUGUUCGAAGCCCCACGAGGCUACAGCGUACUGGGCGGCCAGCGGGAGGCGGCGACUCGCGACGAAGAUGACGACCUGCUACAGUUCGCCAUCCAGCAGAGCCUGCUUGAGGCAGGCAGUGAGUAUGACCAGGUCACCAUCUGGGAGGCACUAACCAACAGCAAACCGGGAACUCACCCCAUGUCCUACGAGGGCCGCCGACAGGACAGGUCAGUGCCCGUUAGGCCGAAGAGCAUUUGGAGACGCCCGUUCUCAUCCACUCCCCAACACACACGCACAGAGCACCCCAGUGCCCCGCCACACUGGGAGAAGCAAGAGGAACGGCGGCGGCGCGCGCGCCAGGAGGAGGAGGAACUGGAGCGCAUCCUGAGACUCUCGCUGACCGAGCAGUAGCGCCCCCUGCCGGGCCCCUCACCCACUCCACCCCUGCCGGAACCUGGGACCCGAGCGAGACAAACUGGCUGGUUCGCCUGCAGAGCUGCGGCUGGAGCCUGGAGUCGUCUCCUCCUCUCCUCGGGCCGUGUAGCAGUACACCAGACGCGAGGUGGAGGUGGAGAGGGCCUCGACAGGGGCGCAGGGUAACUUUGCAGGACAGAGCCCUGGAGGUGACUGGCACGGCCUGGUCCCCCUGCUUUGCUGUAUCCUGACUCCUAAUCUGCUCCUCUGGGCUCCCAUCUGUCCAAGGGCGAACUGGGUGGUUCUGAAGGGAAGACAGUUCUCAGAGGAGCAUUGUCCCCAUCCCUUGCUCCUUCUGGCCAGUCCUCCUUUCUGCUCACUGACCCCACUCCAGGACACUAUCCCUGAAGCCUUUGCAUCUCUGCUUUUCACCCCUGGGGGGCAGCUGAGUUCCCCACGUGCUGUGUCGCUGCUUUGUCCCAGACACAAACCAGCACUUCAAGGGCCCAGCCCCUCCCCACCCCAGCAUUUCAGCGUCAAGUGCACUUAGCGGGGUGCCCGGCUCCCCCAGCCCUUACACCCACCCUGGGUCUCAGGUUGGUCCGGGCUUCUCCUUGGGCAGCAGAAGUUGAAGUACCCAACCUCAAGGCACAGUUUUGUGAUCAGGGAGUGGGUCCAAGGUGGCCCCUGGCCGGGAAAGGCCUGACUCCCUCCUGGUGCCUUGGAGAAUGGGGGGGGGCAUAUUUGGCUGGGGGCAAGCACUAGACCCGACACAAAACCGGAUACAAAGGAUCACUUAGGGCCCUGGCACCACCCCCACCCCUUCCUACCAGCUGCUGCUAGCCCUCUGUGGUUGUGCAUCCCUUUUGCCCCAACUCAGGGGCUAAAACCCUUCAUCCAAUGGUGCUAACCCCCGGCUCUCCCCGAUCUGCCUCACCCACCCAGAGAAGCACAGGCCCCUCAAAGGGCAGGGGCCCCAGCCUACUGCACAUCCUUGUCCUGGGCCUCUCCGACUGGCCUUUAUAGCUCAGACAGUGAGGCUCAGAAGGGACACAAAAAGGGGACAGAAGAAAAGAGCAACAAAGGGAAACUGUUCCUCCCCCUUCUUUCCCUGAUGCCAGGGGCACCAGACUGAUUCUGAGGCACAAAUAAAGAGACUUCAAACUGGA